ACAGUGAUCCCUGUCGGUGGUGGUGGCCACCAUGGCCGGAGCACCGCCCUUAAAUCGGCGAGCAUCAUGGCGCCAUGAUCGAUCGCACCGCACGUCGACGCAGCCUCGCUGCAAAGCCACCGGAGGAGGGAGGAGGGCCUCGCGCUUCCCGGGGUCUGGGUGCGCGCCAUGGGGGAAGUCAAGCACCUGUGCCUGGUGAAGUUCAAGGAGGGCGUCGUGGUGGACGACGUUCUGAAAGGCAUGGCCGAGCUUGUCUCGGAGAUGGACAUGGUGAAAUCGUUCGAGUGGGGUCAGGACGUGCUGAACCAGGAGAUGCUGACGCAGGGCUUCACCCACGUCUUCUCGCUGACCUUCGCCACCGCUGACGACCUGACGAGGUACAUGAGCCACGAGAGGCACGCCGCGUUCGCCGGCACGUUCAUGGCCGCACUCGAGAAGGUCGUCGUCAUCGACUUCCCCGUCGUCAUCGCCAAGCCACCGCCUCCUCCGCCGGCAUGAUCUAGCCCCAGCACCCGUGAAGACGAAGCAUGCAUCUGCAUGCCCACCAUCGCAUGGUGCCUUUUCAGGUAGCAUAUCCAUCUAUAUGCAGCUGUGAUUGAUGUACCUCAUCCUCCUAAAUUGCUUCUCCUGCUGUCUCUGGUGUAGCUGUAAGGCAAAUCUGUAUACCGUGCGUUCCGUUCAAAGCCCCGUUUGGUAAUCUUUGGAAUAAAUUUUGGUGAUCUUUCUGGUAGCA